AUGUUUCAGGGGCCUACUGUGUCAGUUGCUAUUGCCAGUGCAGUCAUGGAAAAGACAUACCGAAGAAAAACAUACCAGUAUAAAUUGAGAGACUCCAAGGUUGAUGAAUUGAGAAAGCUCAGCGAAUUUCUGGUUGAAGACUACCGAGUAACCUUCAAACAAGCCUAUGGCAACAUGUUGGAAGUUUUGUCUACUAAGGAAGACCCAAGGCUGAUGUUCACAUUUGCGCAGUUCUACGAUCCCACACUACAUUGCUUCACGUUCCAGGACUUUCUUCUACCCCCCACACUAGAGGAAUUUGCCCAUCUGCUACAGUUACCGGUUAAAGACCAAGCUCCCUACAUGAUUGAGGAUAAUUUUCCGGAUUCCGCAGAUAUAGCUCAAGCCUUGUGCAUGAAGAAGGAUUUAAUCGAGUCCACUCUCCAAAUCAAGGGUAACACACAGGGUCUUCCGUCUAAACUCUUAUUCGAGAAUGCCACUUUGUUUUCCAAUAGUGGAAGUUGGGACGCCUUUUAUGCCAGCUUCGCACUACUCAUUUGUGGUUUGGUAUUGUUCCCGAGUGUUAAAGGCUUCGUUGACAAGACCUCCAUCAACAUAUUCAUCUCCCAGAACCCAGUUCCCACCUUACUAGUUUAUGUCCUCUUCUCAUUCCAUUGGAGAAAUAUGAAGAAAGGGGGGACUAUUAGUUGUUGUAUUCCUCUGCUUCAGAAUUGGAUCAUGUCCCACUUGUUGAAGAAAGGACCAUUCAUUGAUAAUGUGGGCAAUUUGAAAUGGUCACAAAGAUUGAUGUCAUUGGAUGCCAAAGACAUCAUUUGGUAUAGUCUCAACUACUUGAGGAUAGAGUUGAUCUUCCAAUGUGGGGAGUUCCCAAAUGUUCCUCUCGUCAGCACAAAAUGGGGUUUGAUCAACUAUAGCCACAUUCUCUCAUUGCGUCAGUUGGGAUAUCCACUCAAGGAGAAACCUAAAGACCGUCUAUUGGAAGAACUGCUAUUAGCUGAAGAGGUUGAAAAUCCAAAGCUGAUGAAGAAAAUGCGCAGAGCUUGGGGCAAGAUACAGCGAGUUGGGAAGAAAGAACUAGGAAAGCAACUGUGUACUGUAACAGUGUCGUAUGCUAAUUGGGUGAAGUCAAUGGCCAAAAUGAUUAAACUACCGUACGCAUGGGAACUUUCCACGUGUAUCAAGAAACCACAUGCCGUCGUCGUUUCUGAAGUGGAUCGCCUUAAAGAAACCAUCAAGAAGUUGGAAAAGGAGAACGUCGGUCUCCGUUCCAGUCUGAUAAAGGUCACCUCAUAA